GGAUGCUGAGUUCUCCACCGCCGCUCCCGUGCCUUUGUUGGAGGGCCUUAUCAACGUUGAGACCUGCCCCCUCCCCCUGAAAAGCCUCCCUUUGGUUUGACCAACGUUCCUUCACCAAUUUUGCGCAACGGGAUUUCUCUGUUCUCGUUUACCUUCGUUACUUAUUCCAGCAAAAUGCGGUCCAGCAUUUUGUUCUCUCUGGCCAUUGGCCUUUUGGCAGUUGAACAGGCAGUUGCAGGCCCAUGCAGCCACAGCGCUCGACCCUCUUCGACAGUGGCUACGUCGUCUACGCCCUCUACAACACCGACCGAACCCGUAGGGUCCUCCACGUCAGCUGAAGCCUCCUCUACAACAUCUGCCGAAUCAGUAGAAUCGUCCACAUCAACUGAAGUCUCCUCCUCUACAACAUCUGCCGAAUCAGUAGGAUCAUCCACGUCAACUGAAGUCUCCUCCUCUACGAGCUCCAUUCCUGCCUCCAACCCGACCUUUACUAUCCUUGCUGGUGGAUCACCUCUUCAAGACGGCGGAGGCCGCAAUGGGAUUUACAUCUUCAACCCUACACGAUCUGACAUUUCCACUCAUACCGCCUCUAUUGACCCCGACACUGGACAUGUGAUUUUCAGUAGUGGCUGGCACUGGGUCGCGCAGUACACUAUGGUACCCAACUACCCUGCUCUCCUCCUCAACGGUGCAGACGGAGACAAUACGAACUAUCCGGCCAUUACUUGCACGGUGGGAACCGAUCUCAUAAUCAGUUGUUCGGCCCCUGCUGGUGGUUGUAAUGACGACUUUUUAGACCCCGUCUGCGGACCUACCAGCGGAACCUGGGGUCAGUUUUGCUCCAAAUACCAAUCUGUCUUCGGCGACGUGCUAUAUAUUUUCUCUAGUUGUCCUGCGGGAUUUACUCCUGUUACCUUAUAUGCGCAGGUAGUUUAAUGAUGAAGUUCUGCGUUGGAUGAAUGGGACCAGGUAGCCAUUCCAGCCUUGAUUGGAAACGACCAUCUUAAUAAGACAAGUGAGCCGCCACGGUGUCUUCUUGGACAUGUGCAGAUGCCAUUUAGUUUGUGACGCAAUAGAUGGGGGGAUGCUAAGUGAUAGAUGCUUUCGACUAUUGUCUAGCGAUUGAAUACCUGGGUGAGCUCGGAGGACUGUAGCCGAUGCUAGAAU